UUCGGGAGUGAUCACGUUUUCCUUCAUGGGAGCGGAUUCCAUUCCUUUAAGAAAUUUGAAACAAUUAUACCAUUUUGCAUGAUUUUAUUGCACGGUUUUAAUUGUAAUGUAUAUGAUGUCUUUGUUUCGCAGUGAUUGUCACGGACGUACAUGUGGGGGAAACAAUCAACAGCUUCUGUUAGUAGCAUAUGUAGGUUAAGACAUAUGUUUACGAAAGGGACAGUAUCUCUUGAAUACGUGAAUAAAGUUGCUCGUCGAUCGCGUUGAAUUUCGAUCGAAAAAGGCAGGAAGAAUUGAUAAUUGAGAUUGCAAUAAGUUAAUAAUAUUAAACAUGGUGAAAGAACAGUUCAGGGAGACGAAUGUCGCCAGCAAAGUCUCUCACAUUUCUUUCGGUGUGGACAGCAUGCAUGACAUGCAUAUGCAGGCUAGUGUAGAGGUGAUCUCCAAAAACUUAUAUAACGAGGAUGCGAAACAUACUCCAGCUGUGCAUGGAGCACUUGACAGACGCAUGGGAGUGAGCUCUAUGGGAAAUGAAUGUGAAACAUGCAAUAAAAAGUUGAAUGAGUGUGUGGGACACUUUGGAUAUCUGGAUCUACAACUUCCAGUUUUUCACAUUGGCUAUUUUAGAUCAAUUAUUCAGAUUUUACAGACUAUUUGCAAAAGAUGCGCUCAUGUCUUGUUAACACUAGAUGAAAGAAGAUUUUAUUCACGCAAACUACAAAAUCCGAAUUUAGAAUAUCUGGCAUGUAAAGCAUUACGUAAACAAAUCUGGGAAAAAGCAAAGAAAAAAACAGAAUGUCCAAAUUGCAAAGCAAACAAUGGUCCUGUGAAAAAGGGUGGUUUUCUCAAAAUUGUACAUGAGCAGUACAAGAAUUUAAAGGAAACUGAUCCUUUUAUCCAAGAGAAAUUGGCUGAAUUGAGUCCAGCGACAAAACGUGACAAAGAAUAUAAGAAUACAGUAGAACAAAACUACAGAUGUGUAUUUGAUCAAUAUUUAUAUCCAAAUGUGGUUCAAGAACUCUUUAAUAGAAUCCCAACAGGCGAUAUGUACCUCUUACUAAUGAAUCCUGAAUGUUCAACACCAGUAGAUUUGAUAUUAACAAGAAUACCUGUUCCACCAAUUUGUAUUAGACCUAGCGUUUUAUCUGACCUAAAGGCUGGUACAAAUGAAGAUUAUCUGACAACGAAAUUGUCAGAAUUAGCACUUAUCAAUGACGUUAUUCGUAGGCAAAAAGGUGUUACUAUACAAACGUACAUGGAACAUUGGGAUUUUCUACAAUUGCAUUGUGGUCUUUACAUUAAUAGUGAAAUGUCUGGAAUACCCUUACACAUGCAACCUAAAAAAUUUGGUAGAGGUAUAGUACAAAGAUUAAAGGGAAAACAAGGUCGUUUCCGAGGUAAUUUAUCUGGUAAACGUGUUGACUUUACUUCUCGUACAGUAAUUUCGCCUGAUCCAAAUCUCAGGAUAGAUCAAGUUGGUGUACCCAUGUAUGUUGCGAUGACUUUAACAUAUCCUGAAAGAGUCACUCCUUCAAAUAUAGAACUAAUGCGAAAAUUGGUUAGAAAUGGUCCGGAUAUACAUCCUGGAGCAAACUUUAUACAAUAUAAGAACUCCCAAGACAGGCGAUAUCUCAGAUAUGGCGAUCGAAAGAAAGUUGCUCAAGAGCUGCAGUAUGGUGACAUUGUUGAGAGACAUCUCAAAGAUGAUGAUUUAGUGCUGUUUAAUCGACAACCGUCGUUGCAUAAAUUAAGCAUUAUGACACACAGAACUAAGGUAUUGGAACAUAGAACAUUUAGAUUCAACGAGUGCGUCUGUACACCAUAUAAUUCUGAUUUUGACGGUGAUGAAAUGAACCUGCACGUACCACAAACUGAGGAGGCUAGAGCUGAAGCGUUGGUUUUACUAGCAAACAAAUCUAAUUUGGUUACACCUCGCAAUGGUGACUUGUUGAUAGCAGCAACGCAAGAUUUCAUUACGGGCGCUUAUCUCUUGACUCAGAAGGACACAUUUCUUCAAAUAGAGCAGGUUAAAUUAGCUCUUUGUCUCUUAGCAGGUCCAGACGCUUCUAUAAUUGUAACUCUUCCUCUACCUGCAAUCCUAAAACCAACAAGAUUGUGGACAGGCAAACAAAUAUUUAGUUUGAUUAUGCGACCGAAUGCAGACUGUCCUGUCAAAGCAAAUCUGAAGGCAAAGGGCAAGGCAUACACCACCGGAGAAGAAUUAUGUAUUAAUGAUUCCUAUGUUAUUAUUCGCAACUCCGAGCUUCUAGCGGGAACAAUGGAUAAGUCUGUAUUGGGCUCGGGAUCAAAACAAAAUAUAUUUUAUGUUUUGUUGCGUGACUGGGGAGAGGAUGUUGCGGCCACAGCUAUGUGGCGUUUAACCAGACUAACGAAUCAUUAUAAUUUUGAUAGAGGAAUUUCUCUCGGUAUCGGUGAUCUCAUACCUAGUCAGGGUCUUCUUCGAGCCAAAGAAAAAGUGUUAAACACUCAUUAUUCCACAUGUAACGAGUACAUACAACUAAUGGAGAAAGGUCGCCUUGUUUGUCAACCUGGAUGUUCAGAAGAAGAAACAUUGGAAACAAAGAUAUUGAAUGAAUUAUCAGUGAUUCGUGACAACGUUGGUAAAGCGUGUUUGAAAGAACUACAUCCUAGUAAUACUCCUUUAAUUAUGGCGCUUUGUGGGAGUAAGGGUAGUUUUAUCAACAUCUCUCAAAUGAUCGCCUGCGUAGGUCAACAGGCUAUUAAUGGUCGUAGAGUACCGAACGGAUUCGAAAAUCGUGCAUUACCUCAUGUUCCAGCGCGUUUACGGACUCCGGAUGCAAAAGGUUUUGUAGAAAAUUCAUUUUACUCCGGGCUCGUAUCUAAAGAAUUCUAUUUUCAUGCAAUGGGUGGUAGAGAAGGUCUUACGGAUACUGCUGUGAAAACUGCAGAAACUGGUUACAUGCAGAGACGAUUAAUCAAAAGUUUAGAGGAUCUAUGUAUCCAUUACGAUAUGACAGUACGCAAUGCGAUGUGUAAUAUUAUUCAGAUUCCAUAUGGCGGAGAUGGAUUAGAUCCUACGUAUAUGGAAGGUAAAGAUUGUCCUGUAGAUUAUAAAAGAGUGUAUGAUCACGUAAGAGCGAAAAUGCCUUACAGAACAGAAGAACCGUUAGACGCUGCUAGUGUAAUUAAUGCCACGAACGAAAUGCUCUCCUCCGAGGAGUACGAUUGUCUGAGUAACGAAUUUAAACAGGAACUGACCACAUUUCUAAAAUCUGUUGCAUGGAAAAUAGCACGUUAUCGGCAGAACAUCAAAUCGAAUUCGUCGGUAGUCUCAGAAUUGGAACGUCUCACUGUGUCACAAUUAGUUGAAUUCAUUCAUACGUGCAAGGAAAAAUAUAUGGGAGCCAAGAUAGAACCAGGCACGGCUGUGGGCGCACUCGCCGCGCAAAGUAUCGGCGAACCAGGGACUCAAAUGACACUCAAGACGUUUCACUUCGCUGGUGUAGCCGCUAUGAAUAUCACACAGGGUGUGCCACGUAUCAAAGAAAUUAUUAACGCAAGUCCGAAAAUCAGUACUCCCAUUAUAACAGCAGCAUUGGUCAAUGACACAGAUUCUGAGUUUGCCGAGCGAGUGAAGGCAAGAAUCGAGAAAACGACUCUAGGAGAUGUGGCUGAAUAUAUCGAGGAAAUAUAUAUGCGUGAUGAUCACUUCCUUGCAAUAAAAUUAAAUAUCGAUAGAAUUAAAUUGUUAAAAUUGGAAAUUGAUGUUAAUUCUGUAUCCUAUACUCUCUGUACUUCAAAAUUGAAAUUAACAUCAAAGAAUCUAGAGAUAGUAGGCGAUUCAAUAAUUAUUAUUCGACCAAACCGACAGAAAGAUAAUUCGAAUUUUCCAUUUCGUCAAUUGACGGAAGCUCUUCCAAAUAUCAUAGUGAAGGGCUUGUCAUCAAUCAACAGAGUGAUUGUACAUAAUGAAAAUCUUGGUGGUAAAACGAAAUUUACGUUAUUUGUUGAAGGAGAUAAUUUUAGAGAAGUUAUGGCAACACCUGGCAUCCUUGGCGAGAAAACAAAAUCGAAUAAUACGAUAGAGGUUUUUAAAACACUCGGGAUAGAAGCAGCGAGAACAACUAUCAUGUCAGAAAUUAAAUCGGUAAUGGAAAAUCAUGGAAUCAAUAUUGAUCGUCGACAUUUAAUGCUCUUGGCAGAUUUGAUGACUAGUAGAGGAGAAGUUCUUGGUAUAACAAGACAAGGUUUAGCAAAGAUGAAAGAAUCUGUCUUAAAUUUAGCAUCGUUUGAAAAAACGGCGGAUCAUCUAUUUGAUGCGGCUUAUUAUGGACAAAAAGAUAUUAUAUGCGGCGUAUCAGAAUCAAUCAUAAUGGGUAUUCCAGUUCCAUUAGGCACAGGAAUUUUCAAGCUACUUCAUAAGGCAGAUAAAGAUGAACCAUCUAAAAGGGAACUUCUUUUUGACAAUCCACAAUACCAUAAGCCACUUCGUUCCGGAAGACGACUUCAACGAGUACGACCGCGUCUAACAUUACAAAUAUCGCCUUAAGAAAAUAUUUUUUAUGUUUAAUGACUAUGACACAUUUGCUGUGUAUACUAUCUAUUUGUAAUUUUAGGCUUAGCAUUGACAUGUCUCGAUAGUCACAAUAUUGUCUUUUUCACUUUGUAAUUCUUUAUAACGAAUAGUGAUCAAUCUUAGUCUGAAUCGGGUUUUUGAUAUGUAUAUAUGUAUUUAAAAUAUGUAUAAAUUUUAAUAUGUAUUACAUAUAUACUA